AUCUCUGCGAAGUUACGCCGACGCGGCCAGCAGAGCCUGGUUUUUCCAGUUUACAUCCGUAAUUUCAGAACGAGACUCCUACAUAAAGGUGCCGUUAGAUUAUAGGAGGAAUCACCUGCCCCCGCUGGUCGAACAACAUGGUUUCGAUUUCUGUUCCUCUCAUCGGUGCGGCUCUUGUUCUCGUACCAUUCGUGAAUGCCGUUGCUAUCUGGCAACAAUGCGGCGGUAUUGGGUAUUCAGGCUCAACUGUUUGUGAUGCUGGUUUGAGUUGCGUGUACCUCAACGAUUACUACUCUCAGUGCCAAACAGCCACCACUACCACUGCUCCUGCAUCUACUCCUGUGUCGUCCACAAUAUCGUCGACUCCGACACCCACCAGUAGUUCGUCCGCACCUGCUCCCUCUGGAUUUGUCAAAACCUCUGGCCAGAAGUUCACGCUGAAUGGGUCGACCUUCACCGUUGUUGGAGCCAACUCCUACUGGGUCGGCCUCACUGGCCUCAGUACUGCCAACAUGAACGCAGCGUUCUCUGACAUUGCCAAAACUGGUGCCACUGUUGUCCGUACAUGGGGAUUCAAUGAUGUCACCAGCGCCAGCGGAACAUAUUACCAGCUCUGGUCUGGUGGAAAGGGUACAGUCAACACUGGUUCUACCGGCCUCGGAAAUUUCGAUAAUGUAGUGGCUGCUGCUAAGGCCAACGGGCUUCGUCUCAUCGUGGCUCUGACCAACAACUGGUCAGACUACGGUGGCAUGGACGUCUAUGUCAAUCAGAUCGUCGGCUCCGGUCAGCCACACGACCUUUUCUACACUAACGCGAAUGUCAUUGCUGCUUAUAAGGCGUACAUCAACACCUUCGUCAGCCGUUAUGUGAGCGAGCCUACGAUCUUAGGCUGGGAGCUCGCAAACGAGCCGAGAUGCUCUGGCAGCACAGGAACGACGUCUGGCACUUGCACCACCACAACGAUUACCAACUGGGCCUCGACGAUCUCUGCGUACAUCAAAUCCAUUGAUCAUAACCAUCUUGUAGGUAUCGGUGAUGAGGGUUUCUAUAAUGAAGCCAACGGACCCAACUAUCCCUACCAAGGAGGCGAGGGUAUCGAUUUUGAUGCAAACCUUGCCAUCAGCACUCUUGAUUUUGGCACAGCUCAUUCCUACCCAAUCUCUUGGGGCCAAACAAGCGAUCCGUCGGCAUGGGGCGUUCAGUGGAUUCAGGAUCAUGCUACCUCCCAGAAAACAGCCAACAAACCGGUUAUACUAGAAGAAUUUGGUGUGACCAGCGACCAGCAAGCAACUUACACAGCCUGGUACAAUGCGAUUAUCAGCUCGGGCUUGACGGGUGAUCUCAUCUGGCAAGCUGGCUCGCACCUAUCAAGCGGAGAUACCCCCAACGACGGAUAUGCGAUUUACCCAGAUAAUUCGGUCUAUGCUCUGGACACUUCGCAUGCUGCUGCCUUGAAGGCCAGGGGAUAAGAAGUUGAUUCAGGUUGGAAUUCAACUGUCUAUGGGGAAUCUUUGCGCGGUGUUGAUUGUAAUUCUUUGAGAGCAUGGGCCCUUUGGGUGGUGUCAUGCGAAAUGUAUUUCCUGUCGACUGUUUGGAGUGUUUGCUAAAUGUAUGAUUUGGCCAAAGUGGUCC